UGGAUUUUAUUCAGUUUGAGCAAAACGAGCGCCGAGCGUGAAGCAAUGCAGUGACUUAGGAAGGAAUAAACGCUUGUUGUAGCUAGAAAUUUUGUUUCUCGCCACCCACUCUACCAACUGUUGGCAGUGGUGUUGCAGACAAAAAAAGCAUAAGAAAAACGAAAACAAAAGGCAAUAAAGUUAAAUUUAAAACGUUAGGAAAAACAAUAAGUUGUUUAGUGUGAAAAGGAAAAUCAAAAACCUCGAAAAUUGUAUUCCUACAGUGGGUCUUGCAUCGAUAGAUAGGCAAUCAAAAACACUUCAAAUACAACAUUUUCGUGUUACUCUAUUUGCUUAGUGUACGCUUUCGACUGAAAGCAGUAAAUAAGCAAAAUUUCGCAAAUUUAUUCACACUUUGGUGAUAAUAAACGGUUAAUUGUAAGCGAUUGCAAGGCAGCGUGGAGAAAACCGUCGCCUGUGUAGAAAAGGCGAGAGCAGCAAAGUGGUGCUUGAAAUUUCGACAGCUUGGCGUGAAAACGGUGGGCAUUCCGUUUUUAGUAUACCUAGAAGAGUAGCAGCAGACAAAGAAAUGUGAGAUUUGGGGAAAAUACAUUACAAUAAAAAAAAUGAAUAAAUAAAAAUAAAAACAAAAACAAAGAAAGCCGCGGCGAGGCAUCAAAGCAAGAAUUAAAAGACAGCGACAGAGCCUUUGCACGCAUUUCCAAAGGCUCAGUGGUCGCGUCCAAAAAUAGACAUACCGAAAACGAACAGAAAAGUUACUGCCUCAUAUCACCACCCACUUUGCAUAAUAAAUACGCACACCGCCGCCCACACGUCACACACGUCACACACUCAUACAAGCAGCCGCCUACGCGCUCCCGUUUGCAGUGUAUAACCACGACCGAAUACCAACGACCAACAUCGACCCGCAAUCAGAAAGGCGCAUCUUGGUUAAAAGCCGUAGCAGUGCUACCUCGCGCCUUGCAGCGACAGCCGAAGCUGCCUAACCAGCAACAAAAAUAAAGUAGUAUACGGUUUUAGAAUAGUAAUUUUGCGCAUCGAGCUAUCCCAACCAACGCCACUUAUCACUUGUCAAUUGCGAAUUCCACGUCAAGAUGUUCACACGUUUCAGCAAUCUGCAACGGUGGCAGUCACAUCUGUUGUUGUUGGCGUUCACGCUGAUGGUGCUGCUGUUCGGCACCUUCACGCAGGCUUUCAUAAUCAAAGAGGACGAAUCCUUCCUGCAAUCGCCCUACUAUCAAUCGCAGGGAGAAAUCGAAGAUAUGUUUGCACGCUUCGCCAAGACAUUCCCGGAGAAUGCGCGUGUUGAGACUAUUGGACGUUCUUUGGAGGGACGCAAUUUGAUUGUGCUGCAGAUUGGCAAGAAUGUGCAACAACCACGCACUCCACUCACGCCCAUGGUCAAGUACAUUGGCAAUAUGCAUGGUGACGAGACAAUUAGCCGCCAGUUGCUCAUCUAUUUGGCGCAGUAUUUGCUGUAUAACUAUGAGACCAGUUUGGAAGUGGCCAACUUGGUCAACACAACGGAUAUUUAUCUGAUGCCGACGAUGAAUCCAGAUGGCUUUGAGCGUUCGCAGGAAGGUAAUUGUGAAUCACUUCCGAAUUAUGUUGGUCGCACCAAUGCUGCUGGCGUCGAUUUGAAUCGCGACUUUCCUGAUCGUCUGGAAAAUCAACAAACCAUUCAAUUGCGUGCGCACACACGUCAACCGGAGACGGCGGCCAUCAUCAAUUGGGUGCUGCUCAAACCGUUUGUGUUAUCGGCGAAUUUCCAUGGCGGCGCAAUUGUGGCCAGUUAUCCGUAUGAUAAUUCAAUCGCCCAUCACGAAUGCUGUGAAGAAAGUCUAACACCCGACGAUCGCGUCUUUAAGCUAAUGGCGCAUACAUACGCCAACAAUCAUCCGAUUAUGCGACAGGGUCACAACUGCAAUGACACAUUCACCGAUGGCAUAACGAACGGCGCGCGUUGGUAUGAGUUAAACGGUGGCAUGCAAGACUUCAAUUACGCCUUCACCAACUGCUUCGAACUAACCAUUGAGUUGUCGUGUUGCAAAUUCCCAACAGCCGCCGUGUUACCCACCGAAUGGGGUCGCAACAAGCGCAGUCUGAUGCAGCUGCUGAAACUGGCCCAUAUCGGCAUCAAAGGCUUGAUUACGGACGCUAGCGGUUAUCCAAUCAAUGGUGCAAAUAUUGUGGUCUCCGGCCUGGAGGAUAAGCCGGUGCGAACUACACAACGCGGCGAAUACUGGCGCCUACUCACGCCUGGCAUCUACAAUGUACAGGCGUUGGCAUUUGGCUAUCAGGCCAGUGAGCCGAAACAGGUGCAUGUAACUAACGAGAACGGCGAGGCGCUGCGUGUCGACUUCACACUCUCACCGCUCGAGACGAAUUACGAUGGUGAUUUCCGUAAAGUGAAAGUGGAACGAUCCAAAGCGCUAACCAGCGAAGAUGAUUUCUUCACACCAACGAAAUUCGAGCAUCACAACUUUACAGAAAUGGAAAAGUUCAUACACAAUACCGCCGAAUCCUAUCCCAGCAUCACGCGACUCUAUUCGAUUGGCAAGAGCGUAGAAGAGCGCGAUCUCUGGGUAAUGGAGUUAUUCGUGACACCCGGCCAACAUAUAGCGGGCGUACCGGAAUUUAAGUAUGUUGCCAAUAUGCACGGCAACGAAGUGGUCGGCAAAGAGAUGCUACUGCUGCUAACGAAGUACAUGUGCGAACGUUACGGUGUCGACGAACGCAUUACGAAGCUGGUGAACACAACGCGCAUGCAUUUUCUAUACAGCAUGAAUCCCGAUGGAUAUGAGAUAUCACGUGAAGGUGACAAAUCGAGCGGUAAUGGGCGUGGCAAUGCGCAUAAUAUCGACUUGAAUCGCAAUUUCCCCGAUCAAUAUGGUACUGAUAAGUUUAAUGCGGUGACCGAACCAGAAGUGGCAGCAGUAAUGAAUUGGACACUCUCGAUACCUUUCGUGUUGUCGGCAAAUUUGCAUGGCGGCUCAUUAGUAGCCAACUAUCCAUACGAUGACAAUGAAAAUGAUUUCUCCGAUCCGAUUGCGCGGCUACGUGUCGCAACGACAAUGGGUCGCAAGCUGAAUCCAACGGAGGAUAACGAGUUGUUCAAGCAUUUGGCGUUGGUAUAUUCGGAGGCCCACCCCACCAUGCAUCUUGGCAAUCCCUGCCCGCUCUUCAAACAUGAACACUUCCCAAACGGCAUUGUCAAUGGCGCUCAGUGGUACAGCGUGACGGGCGGUAUGCAGGAUUGGAAUUAUGUACGCGCUGGCGUUUUGGAACUAACACUCGAACUGGGCUGCGAUAAAUUUCCAAUGGCCGAAGAGUUGCCGAAAUAUUGGCAUGCCAACCGUGAGUCGCUACUGAAAUUCAUCGAACAAGUUCACUAUGCCGUACAUGGUACAGUGCGUAGUUCGAUCGGUUCGCACAUUGCGGGUGCGGCAAUAAGGUUGGACGACGCAAAACAUCCAAGUUUCAGUGGUGCAUAUGGCGACUAUUGGAAGUUGGCGCUACCAGGCAGGCAUAACAUCACAAUAAUAGCUGACGGGUUUGCACCUUAUCGUGAGGAAAUUGAAAUCCCGCAAAGCACACGGGAAAUGCGACUGGAUGUGGUCAUGAUGCGUGAUGACCCACAACAUUGGUCGUCCGCUAAUGAUUUUCGUGUGAUAGAAAACGUGGUCAAAACGCGCUACCAUAGCAAUCCGGAGAUGAGACAGCGAUUGGCCGAGAUCGAGAAGCAGCAUGGACAGAUAGCGAUCUUCGGCUAUGCGGAGAGUGAAUUUGGCAUCUACUAUAGCUCGCUGAAGCUGACGUCAGAUAUCGGUGAUCCGGAGGAGAGCAAAUACAAGAUACUCAUACUCAGCUCCUUCUUCGACACUACAUCGCCGCUGGGCCGUGAAAUCACUAUGAAUAUGGUGCGCCACAUACUUGAGGGAUAUAAAGUACGUGACACGAGCACCUUGAACUUGUUACGAAAGAGUGUUUUGUAUUUUUUGCCAAUAACCCAUAACUUCGAUGUAAUCUUCAAAAUGUUCAACAGAAAUAACUCCAUUUGCGAUCCCGAACUGGGCAAUGAACUUGCCGAUCGUAUACUCGGUCCCGAAUCAGAAAAGAAACGCGAUUUACUGCUUCAAUUCUUUGAUAGCGAGCGGUUCGAUUUGAUGUUAACCUUCACUGCGGGCAGUUCAGAGUUAACUUAUCCCAAAGGCGAUCCGAUAAUUGAGAAGUUCGCACACGCCAUCAAAGAUAGCAAAUUCAGCGCACCUUCGCUCCAAUGUCCUAACACCAGCACGCGAUCGCUACAUCAAUCAGCUACCGAGCGUCUCACCAAUCUCCUCUACAAAAUGUACAACAUUCCACUCUUCAGCUUGGGCAUCUCCUGUUGUCGCAUGCCCGAACAAACGCAGAUCGGCGCUAUUUGGCGUAGAAAUAUCGAUAAAAUCAAGAAUUUCCUGCAGCUUAUCGAAACAGGUGUGGUAGGUGUGGUGCACAACGAAAAGGAUGAACCGCUACGCGACGCCUUCGUACGUCUUGUCGACUAUAGGCCGGUCUACAAUGUGACGCGCAAUACCGCACGUUUCCAAAUCAUCUUACCACCGGGUGACUAUGCGUUGGAAAUAAGCGCACCCAGCUAUGAGUCGACAGUGAAGCGCGUGGUAGUCACUCCACAGCAAAUCAGCAAUUUAGGUAUAGUGAAGUUGAACGCCUACACUCUGCUCACCGGCGUAAGUGAAAUACAUCGCUUAGGCGGCGGUGGCGAUUCAGACAACACAGGCAGUGCUACCUCUUUUACUGCUGCCGAAACUGCGACCAUUUCGGGUUUCAUUUUAGACGUAUCCAACCAUCCGGUCAAGCAUGCAAAAGUCUCAGUGAUAGCGCCACACACGCGUAACUAUCUUCGCAAUUUCACCGAUAGUCUGGGCGCAUACAGUAUACGUGGCGUGCCGCUGGGCGAAAUCACGCUGAAAGUAGAAGCUCCACGGCAUUUGGGUGCUCAACGGGUGGUUCAUGUGGAAGGUGGCGCGGUGCGCGGCGUCAUAUUCCGUCUAAAGGCUGACGAACAUGUCUGGGGUAUGCCGCGCUGGUUAUUCAUCAUGUUUGCUAGCAUUGUCAUAAUUGUCGCCAUGAUUCUGUGCUUCCUGUGUGUGCAAUUUCUGUUGGCCCGACGACAUCGUGUGGAUAAACGAUACUACAGUUUUUCGUUGCUGCCGCAAAAGGGCAAGGAACUGUUCGAAGACGAUGGCGAGGAUGGCGAAACGGAACUGUUCCGAUCGCCCAUUAAAAAGGGCAUGUCCAUACAGCCAUACUUUGAUGAUGAGGGUGUUGAACAAGAUCGCAGUGAAGACGAUGAUGAAAAUGAAUUUAAUGACGAUAGCGGCGAAGAGAUUGUUAUGCUGGAUAAACGAAAUUAACUGUGAUCUAAAAAUGUUGCUGAUAAUAUAGUAAAUAAAGAAGAAAAACACAGAAAGCAGCCAGCAAAUAUUUAUCCAAAGUAUGUAUGCAGAUGAAAGUCAGACUUUCAAAAACUUAAAACACAUUUUUUUAAAUGUAAACAUUUUAUAUAGAAAUAUGUAAAGCAAUUAAAAAUUAAGUACACAAACGCUCUAAUAGAUUAUUUAUCACUUAAAAAUGGUUUACGCAAUAUUUAAUUUGAGCGAAAUAAAUGUAAUUUAUUUAUUUUUAUAAACAAAGAAUAAAAAUAUUUAAAAUUAAUGUAAUAUUAUUAAACGGCACAAUUUAUUUUAAUAAAUGUAAUAAUCAUGUGAAAAAAAUUGAAAGCAACAAAGAAAGUGUCUUUAAAUAAAAAGCUAAAACAAAAUACGAACCACUACUGCCAACCUCUCCAAACGAAUCUCAUCUAAAAGUUAACACAAAAGUUCUGAUAAAAGUAUAUUAAUAUAUGUAUAAAAUGUAAAAUUUAAUGUGAAACGGUAAUUUUGCUAAUUUUUCGCCGUGCUUUUUCUAAAAAUACGUUUGUUCAACAAAGACUGAAAGUAAUUGAAAAAGAUUUAAAUUAAAUAAAACAGUGAUUAAAACUUUCAGGCAGCUCAUUAAAAAUAAUUUUCUGUCUAUUAUUUAGAUACAAAAAUUAAAAUCAAAAAAUAAAUAAAUUAUUAUUAGAUGUAUCUAACUUGCAUCUUUUACGAUAAAAAAUAUUAAUAAAUUAAACUUUUUGUGAUAAAAUUUUUCUGAAUUGAAUUGAAUUUUUUUUCAAAAUUGAUUGUCAAUAUAUGUCAAAUUUUUCAGAAAAGCUUCAAAAUUGGUUGUCAAUACAUAAAACAUUUUUUAUUAAUAAAUUAAAACUUUUUGUGAUAAAAUUUUUCAGAAAAACUUCAAAAUUGAUUGUCAAUACAUAAGACAUAUCUAACUUGCCCAUUUCCAAGCUUUUGAUUGGGAAAUAGAUGCCGUAAAUUCAAUUUGACCCAUUUCUUCCAAUUCUCAAAUUUUACAUUCAUUCCAUUAUAACAAAAAAGGUUGUCGGAGUAUAGCAAAAGGGUUAUCGGUAUAAAUUACAUUCACAGUAAAAUACCUGCCUGCGAACGGCUAACGCCAAAUAUAAAAAAAAUUUAAGGCACAAAAUAGCUUUUCGAAUAAUACGCAGCGCCAAUUUAAGAAAAUUUUGCGAAAAAUAUAAAAAAAUUUAGGUAUUAUCAACUCAUAAAAGCAUAUCUGAAUAUAUUUUGCUGCCUGUAUCUGUUUGUUUUUUCAAAAUUUUUAUUAGUUAAAAUUGCAACCUUCAACGUAUAUCGUAUAUCUAAUAGAAAUUGAACAAAAUUUAGUUAAUUUAUUUUAUUAUCAAUUUUUAUGGCCAUUCCAUAAACGAAUGAUAAAAAUUUGUGUUGUUAUUGACGGUGACUUCGCUGGGCGCUCCUUUCUUCGACAGCCUGGGGCAGUGCGCCAACCUAAAUUUAAUCAAUCUCCUCCAUUAUAUCAACAGCUUUGUCUGGCUGUAAAUAUCUACCUAUUGGGGGUCUCAUAAUGGUAUCAAAACGCCGCUUUAGUGCUAUUUGAGGAGUGCCAGACCGGCACUUCAACCAUUUCCCCUACCUACCUACGGUGACUUCAAAGUAGCUUAUGAACCCACUUUUUUUGUUCGUAACUGAUUCUUUAUUUUUUAUUUAAAAUUGUAUACUUCAGCCUUAGUUUCCGAGAAUGUAAAUGAUAAAAAAAUUGUUUGUGGAUAUAAAAUUCAUUUAUUUCUUUUAUAAAAUUUCUAUUGCGUAAAUUAAAUUUUGUACAUGUUAAAAAUUAUGAUGUUGAUUUUAAUUUUUGAAAAAUUAAAAGAUCACCUUUAAAUAGCUGUUGUACCACGGUACAAUGAAAAAAAUAUUUUCGAAAAUGUAAUCAAUCUUUUUUCUGGUUAAAAUUGUGAUGCUAGUACCGGUAUAUAAAACAUUCCACACCAGUUUAGGUUUUCCGCAAUUUUUUUACGUCAUCUUUUGAAAGAGGUUGUAUGUAUGUAAUUACAAAAAUUCAUAUUAGUAUGAUAGUUUUUAGCUAUUUUAUGAAAUUUGUUUUAGAAAAAAUAUUUAGUCACAGACUUUAUUUUUAUUUACUGGAAAAUGUAUUGAAUACCAAAACUGUGCAAUUAGUUAAGAAAAUUAAGAAAUAAAGAAAAAAUUAAAAAUAUAAAAUGAUAUUAAGCAGAUGACCGCCGCUAUGCAACUUAAUUUAUAAAAUUUACGAAAACAAUUAAUUUGAAAUGAAUUAGUGAAACCGGUGUGCAUAUAAAACACGGAUAAAAGAAUGUAUAUGUAACUCAGAAAGUAUAUAUAUGUGCACAUAUGUUACAUAUGUUUAUGUAUGGUUGUAUGUGCAAUAAUUAAUUUGCGUAGCGUCAUCUUUAGCUUGUAAGUGAUUUGUAUUUUUUACCGAAGAAAAUUAAUAAAGAGUAUGUAUAUUUAUUAACA